GCAACCCAGUCUUAAACGCACAAACUAUACAUAAUAUUUGAUAAAUUCAAAGUAAAUAUGAGCGAAGAAAAGGAUGAUACGUUACCCUCUGAGGCAACAAAUAUUGACAAUAAAGACGGAGAAAAAGACUGCGACAACUCAAAGUCUGACAAAGUUAAAAUUGAUAUACUACUAAAAGCUACGGCCAAUGCCCCUAUAAUGAAGAAAAAGAAGUGGGCAGUAGAUGCUGAGAAGCCUAUUGGUUGGAUAGUGGAGUUUGUGAAAAAAUACCUCAAGCUUGAACCAGAUGAGAGAUUGUUUUUGUACGUAAACCAGACAUUUGCUCCGUCUCCCGACCAAAUCAUAAAGAACCUGUAUGAAUGCUUUGGAACUGAUGGCAAGUUAGUUUUACAUUAUUGUAAAAGUCAAGCAUGGGGAUGAAGUUGUUGUGAUAAAAACAUGUGUUAUAUAUAUUCUAUGUUAAGUUUUAAAAUAUAAUUUUUAUCUUAAAAUAUUAUAUUAUUAUUUUGUAAUCGCAAAACUUGUUUUGCUUUUGCUUAUUAAUAAAUAAGGGCCAAUUUAUAAUAGCGCAGAGUCGAAGCGAAGCGAAGUCCCAAAAA